GAAGCGCUUCAAGAGUUCGAUUCUAUGCCGAAUGCAUCAGUCAGAGGCAUAGCAAAACGUCAUGGUAUCAACGAAUCUACGCUGCGAUUUCGUUUAAAAAAACGCAAGGAAGGAGCCAAAUUAGGAAAGUCUGGUCGGAAAUGUGUUUUCGAUGCAGAAACGGAGGCCCGGCUAGCUAAGUGCAUUGGUGUUGUAUGUAACCUUGGUUUUAGUCCUACGUUGGAUGAAAUUUUGGAUCUUGUUGCCGAAUACAUCAAAGUCACAGGGACGAUUUCACUCCAGUUUAAAAAUGGAAGGCCUGGUUUGGUGUGGAUAAAGAGCUUUAUGAAAAGAAACGGACUGAGUCACAAGAAGGCUGAGAUGAUUAGUACUGCCCGUAAAGCAAACACAUCCAAUCCAUUUAUAAUUUUUGAUUUCUACGAUCAAUUGGAACAGAUCUUCGAGAAAUACCCUAAUCUGGAUGCACAACGGAUCUGGAACUGUGACGAAAGUUCUUUCCCAACUGAUCCAUCAAAAGGGAAAGUUGUCUCCGUGAAGGGACAGCGUGCCCUUAAAUUACGGUAUGGCGCUGGGAGAGAAAACAUCACUGUACUCGGUGUUUGUAAUGCAGCUGGAGUGGCACUUGACCCUCUUAUUAUAUUCACUGGAAAAAAUAUGCAAAGUACGUGGUACGGGGACAAGGCUCUACCCAACACGUUUUACGCCAAGUCUGAAAACGGUUGGAUGGACACGGAAGUUUUUUCCACGUGGUUCGCCAAAUUCACUGAGGACGUAACAGAAAGACCAUUGUUACUGGUGUUUGAUGGGCACCUUACCCAUAUCAGCAUAUCUGUCAUUAAAAAAGCAUUGGAAGACGAUAAAUUAUAAUGAAAUUCCCUCCACAUGUUACGGAUGUCAUGCAAC